UCAACAAAAACAGCAAGUUGGAAAAGCUGCAUUUUUACAAGCAGUUGCCAGAGGUAAAAAUGGUGGAAGAAAUCUUCAAAGUCCCGAUUCAAAUUAUAGCAGAAUCAUGUAUGAUGGAAAUAUUUCACCUUCUUCUGUUAAAACUGCUCAGCAUUCCUUUUCUUUUCAAGACAAUGGCUUAGAAAGUAAAUGGUCGGACCGUAUGAGUAGUCCAUUUCAAGAUGAACAUAAAACUCCAGACCUAGAUCAUAUUAAUAUUGAAGAAUACAAUGCUCUUUCUGAAAUACAUUCAAAUUACCAAGAACUGCAAGCUGAUCUUCAAAGUCUUACCAACCAACAAAAUCAACUUCAACAUAAUAGUUUGCAAGCAGAAAUGAUGCAGCAUUAUCCAGGGAUACAGGCAGUUCAUCAAGUCUAUCAAAACUCUCAUUCAAUACAGCAGCCACAAAAUUAUAUGAUCAAUCGUCAACAAAUAACAAAUGGACAAAUAAUUCAACAUUUAGAUCAUAACAAUUCAGAAAAUAUAGGUAGUCAUCAAUGGCGCAGCUUAAUGAAUCAUAGUCAACCACCAAUAAAUAUGUAUAAUAAUUACAAUCAAUCUCAAUUCCAACAUCAGCAGCAAUAUAUUAAUCAGAUACCACAUAUAGCUUCUAAUACAAUACCUAACACCAAUGUUUAUUCAUCAGUAAAUAACCAUUAUGUGACUCAAGAAUCUUUUGAUCAAAUGGGUACAAUUAAACAAGAACCUCAGUCACAACAAUUUUUUUUGCAUAACAUUCAUCAAGAGUUUCAACAAAAAAUUCGAAAAAGUUGGGAAAUAUCAUCAACAACACAACCUCGAACUUUUACUCAAGAACCUCAAAAUAUUUGGAAUGGCAGUCGAACAGUGCCAAAGUCAUCACAGCCAUCUUCUCUAAGUAGUUCUCCUCGUCAAAAGUCUGAAUUUACAAUGUUUAGUAGAUCUGGUGUGAAAACAAGUCCUUCUUCACCAGUUCCUCCGCCUCGUCGUAAUUCAAAUCAUGUAGUUAACCAUGCACCAUUACCCACCCCAUCUAUUGAUGAUAUGCAACCACAGAGUAUUUCUUUUAUAGCCGGUAACAUACACUAAAGAAAAACCACGAUCUUUGUGAAAGCCUUAAUAGAAUUCAAAUUACUUCUGGACAUAAGACCUAUAGAAUA